CACCGCAUAUUAUCAACACAAACAUUUCACCUACUGCGAGAAGCUGUUCCUGAUUUCAUUCCACUCUGAUAACAAAUUUGCCGUGUAUGGCCGCACCGGGACACAAGAUGAAGGUGCUAUCGCUCUACAAACAGUUGCUGCGUGCGUCACAGAAGUUUGAUUCGUACAACUAUCGCAUGUACGCACUGCGCCGGAUUCGUGAUGCAUUUAGAGAAAACAAAGCACUGACCGAUAGCACCACCAUUGCUAGUGAGCUCUCGUACGCACAGAAAAAUCUCGACAUCAUCAAACGGCAGACUAUUGUUGGACAAUUGUAUGGUGCACCGGAUAAGCUAGUAAUAGAGAAAUAAAUCCAAUCGACCUUUAAGGAUCGAAUCCGAAUGCUGUAUUUCCACUAUCCAUCAUUCUGGUACUACUGCCGGCUAGGCUACAACAUCAAAGAACCAAAGGAAAACAUUCAACCGGGCGCGAUAAGUUUUGCAAAUUUUCGCGGCAUUUAAAAAGAUACAGCAAUUUAACAUCGAAACGAUGACGAUGUAGUCCGAAAGCCAUAAUCGUAACAGCAAGAGCGAAGAGACAAAUGUAGCGAAAGACACAAAACCUAUAAAUGCAUGCUGUGUAACUAAUUACAAUCGUUUAACAUAGUUGCUUUUGAAUAUAAUGAAAUUAAUUAACUAGUAAACGGCUUCUCUUCAUUUGU